AUGCACGGCAUUCUCGAGCUCUCGCUGCAGCUCCUCAACUCGUUUAGUCCGGCCAAUCUCGGUCGGUCCGGAGCUCAGGUGCCUAUCCAAGGUGAACAACAUGUGAAGCCCACACCGACAACAAAGCCUUCCAGGAUUCCGGACUAUUUUGUAACGGAUGAUGGACAUUUCCAAGGCCCUACCCAGACUGGUGCUGCGCCAUUUCUUGCGCAGACAAAUCUAGCACCUUUUGCUGGUGUGUCGUACAUACCAAAUACGCCCCUCGAGACUCAGAUCCCCAUUGUUGGCAAUGCGGACAACAAGAACAUCUUCCAGAGCCUGGCAAACAUCAGUCCUUAUUUUCCUAAUCCUCGGGGUUUCGGUGUGAACGAGUACUCCAUACCGCCUGGCACCAACGUAACAUGGCUGAACAUGGUCCAUCGCCACGGGAGUCGGUAUCCCGAAGUCAGCGGUGAAGCAGCAGAGAGGACCCUAGGAAAGAAGCUUUCAGACGCUGCUGGCAAGUUCACUGGCCAUGGACCACUCUCUUUCCUCAACGAUUGGAAGUUUCUGCUCGGUGCCGAGAUCCUGGUUCCUAAUGGCAAGCAAGAGCUUUUUACUUCUGGUACCCUGCACUACUACCAAUACGGUCACUUGUACCCCAACAAUGGAAGCAAGGUUGUCGUUCGUAGUACAACACAGCGGCGUAUGACAGAGUCGGCAGAGUACUUCCUUGCGGGCUUCUUCGGUUUAGGAUGGGCGCAGAACGCGACGCUUGAGUUGGCGAUUGAGGCGCCUGGCUUUAACAACACGCUUGCGGGCUACAAGCAAUGUAAUCAUUCGAGCUGGCCAAUGGCCCGUGAAGGCCUCAUGGAGUGGAUUGGCGUGUACCUUCAUGACGCUCAUCAGAGGUUCAGGAGCAACAUUACUGGUGAUCUCGAUUGGACAAUCAGCGAUACAUACAACGCUCAAGCCCUAUGCUCGUACGAAACCGUCUCGCUUGGUUUCUCCCAUUGGUGUGGCCUAUUUACCUACGAAGAGUGGGAAGGCUUCGAAUAUGCUCUUGACCUUUCAUUCCAGGCAGGCACAGGGUUUGGCUCUUCCGUUGGCCGUGCCAUCGGUGUGGGCUACGUCGAAGAGGUCCUCGCCCGCAUGCAGCACCACGUCAUCACCUCACCCUCCGCUCAGAUCAACAUUACCCUUGACAACAACACCGUCACCUUCCCUAUAGACCAAAACCUUAAUCUGGACUUUAGCCACGACGCCGGCAUCAUAAGCAUUCUUGUCGCAUUUGGCAUCACGCAGUUCGCCGAGGUACUCCCCACAACCCAUAUCAAGACGCCCCGCGAAUUCAUCCUCUCGCAUCUCCAGCCAUUUGCUGGUCGUCUCGACAUCGAAGUCAUCAAAGCGCCUACACCCGUUAAUCCUAACCGGACUGACGAGAAGAUCUAUCUUGAUGGGCCGCCGACAAGCUACGUGCAUUUCAUCCUCAACCAGAGGACUAUCCCGUUGGGGCAGAGUCACAGGGAAUGUGGUGAUAGGGAUGAUGGGUGGUGUGAGAUGGAGACUUUCCUCAAGGUGAUGCAGAAGCAGAUUGAGCUUGCGGAUUACGACUUUGCUUGCUUUGGUGAGUAUGAUCCUCCAGCAUAUGGAGAGGUUACGGAUGGACGGCCGGUGAGGUAA